AUGGCUCUUGUAUCUCAAACUCGCUCACGCGGGGCUGCAGGGGCGCACCUGCAGUCCUCCGGGCUCUCUUCCCUUUCUUCGUUUUCCUCUUCGGGCGCACCUCCUCUCCGCCCAUCCCCACGUUGCCGCCUGGCUUCCUUUCGGGUUUCUUCUUGCGCCACUCGCCCUCUUCUCUCUCCUUCAUCUUCGACUCGUGUCUCCGCUGAUCAGGUUUGUCUGCGUCUCUUUUCUUCGCUCGUCACCUCCGUCGCCUCUCCAUCCUCUGCGCUGCCGCCGCACGGCGUGCGCGCGGCGGCCUCGCGCCGAGCUCCCCCGCGCGCCCUGCCUUCGUCUUCGCGCACUCUUUCUGCAUCGUUGUCUGGGGCGAGCUCGCUGUCCUCGCCUUCUCUCUGCGUCCCUCUGGCGUCUGGCUGGGGCCUGUCUGCGCGAGUUGCCUCUCACGUUUCCGCGCGAUGUUUCCUGCGACGUGCCUGUCGCGCGUUCGCCUCGCAUUCCUGGGAAGCGCGGCUGGCCGCGCUGCAGGAGUCUGCAGAGGCUGCACACGCGGCGCGACGCGGCAAGGCAGUUGUCGAGUUGACGCAGCGCGGCCGCGUGGGUCGGCGCAGCCAAGCGAGCGCCUUCCCCCUUGCGCUGAAUCGCCUAGUUUUCGCUCACACGCAGAAGGCUGGAGGCGACGGCGGGCGCGGGGCGAGCGAGCCGCAGGCUGGGAAUGUCGAAAGCGGCGACCGCAAAGACCUCGAGGCGCUGCUCAGCGGGCUCAAGGAGGAUCUCCACAGCCAGCCGCGCGCGGAGCAACUGAAGCUCCUUGUCGCCCUCGCAAAGACUCGCCCUCAAGUGCUGGCGGCUGCGAAGUCCUCAGAGGAUCUCUUGAGAGCUCUGGUCGACGGGCUCCUCCUCCCGGGCGCAGGCGAGGGCGGCCGCGCAAGUCUCGAGGGACAAGAAGUCUCUGCAAAGGACGUGCUCAUCGUUCUCGGCUGCGUCAGGCGCUUGCUCCACAUCCCUCCGUUUGCCUCGCCGCAGGACCGGAGUUACCUACGCUGCUGCCAGCUGCUGCGCCAGGGACGCGUCGCCUUUCUCUCGUCCUCGGAUCUCGCGAACCUCCUUCUUCUCCUCGCCAAGCCCGCGCCCGCGCCCGCCGCGGCGCUCGUUGCGCCGGAGAGCGAGGCCCGGACAACCUCGCCGCCCAGUGACUCGGAAUCCGAGGAAGACGAAGCCGCGGACGAGGAAGAGGACGCAGAGAACCUGAGAAGACACCUCAUCGUCAUGGCCAUAAACAUCUUCUCGGAUCGGCUUGAGGGAGCUGCGGGUUCGCCCCCGACGCUCGAUGACGUCGCCGUCCUCCUCCGCGCUUCGGCCUUGGCCGGUACGCACGCAGACGUGCUGCGGCGGGUGUUUUCCUUCCUCACCUCGGCUGCGGCGUCUUCGUCGCCGGAUGCCGCCUCUGUCGCUUCAUCGGCACGCGGCGCGGCGCGCAAGCGGCGCGGCGUCAAAGGCGAGAAGGCGCCGCACAGCGUCGCGUUGGGGGAAGUGACGCCUCAGCAGGCCAUCGGACUUUUGCACAUCAUGACGAGCGCGCGGCUCUACUCGCUGGGCGCGAUUGACGCGCUUCUAUCCCGCUUCGCCGGCGCCCAGAAGACGGGAGAGGGCGACGAGGCGCCCGCGCCGCUCCCGCCGCCGCUUCCGCUGGCUUCUGCGGCGCUCUCAGCCGCAGCGGCGCAGGGGGGCGGCGCGUCGGCCGCUGAGCAGCUGUUGAGGCUGUCGAGCGCGGGUUGUAGCGGAGGCACCAAGAAAGAAUGGAAUCUGCGGAGUCUGGGCACGCGGAGUGAGGCGCUGCGCUUGCUCAAAGUCGUCGAGCUGACUCUCCGCCUCGACUUGCCGCACACCUUUGCGCAGCUGAGUCCGUCUGCGCUUCGCGUGCUCGCCACCAUUCGCGACACGCCCUUCGUAGAUCCCACGCUCGUGACGGACAACGUCCUCUCCUACCAACUUGCGCACUUCCUGCGAAAACAUCGAUUUCCUUGUGAACGAAGCAUGGAGGGCCCGUACGCGCUGCGCCUCGCGGAUCUCGAGCGGCGGCUGGUCGUUGUGCCUCUUGACGCCGCCGACGAGGAGCCUGCAUCGGUGUACAGACAGCCGGCGGCCUCUGAGAAGCCCAACGGCGAAGCGGAGGGCGAGGGGCCUGAGGAGGCUCCGCGCGAGGCGUCGUCCGCGGGGGUCGUGCUACGCGCCGAGACGAAGGCGCGCCUCGCGCAUCUCAACGAGCUGGGUUGGCGUGUGCUGGUCGUGCAUCACCGCGACUGGAAUCUCCUCAACUCGCAAAUGGCGAAGGCGAGGUUCGUUCGCAACCUCCUUCAGAAGAACGGCCUCAUCGACCUUGCGCCUGCACGCGUGGCUGCGUGA